UUCGGCGAUUCUCGUCCUUAUAAAACCUUCAUCCCCUCACUCACAUAUCCUCGAUUACAAUCUUGAGCAAACCAUAGAGAGAGAGAGAGAGAGCAAGAAGAAGAAGACAAAAAAAAACAAAACUCAGAUUCAUUAGUUGAAAAGAAGAAAGUAAAGCAAGAGAGAGAGAAUGAAGGCGGAGCUAAACUUGCCGGCUGGAUUCCGAUUCCAUCCAACAGACGAAGAGCUUGUGAAAUUCUACUUGUGUCGGAAAUGCGCAUCGGAGGAGAUCUCAGCUCCUGUUAUCGCUGAGAUUGAUCUCUACAAGUUCAAUCCUUGGGACCUUCCAGAGAUGUCUCUGUACGGAGAGAAAGAGUGGUACUUCUUCUCACCUAGAGAUCGGAAAUACCCAAACGGUUCUCGUCCUAACCGGGCUGCUGGUACCGGUUAUUGGAAAGCUACCGGAGCUGAUAAACCGAUUGGUAAACCCAAGACGUUGGGUAUCAAGAAAGCUCUCGUUUUUUACGCUGGUAAAGCUCCUAAAGGGAUUAAGACCAAUUGGAUCAUGCACGAGUAUCGUCUCGCUAAUGUCGACAGAUCAGCUUCUCUUCACAAAAAGAACAACCUACGACUUGAUGAUUGGGUUUUAUGUCGAAUAUACAACAAGAAAGGAACCAUGGAGAAGUAUCUCCCUGCUGAUGAGAAACCAAGGACCACGACAUUGCCUGAUCAAUCAUCAUCUCCUUUUGAUACUUCGGACUCGACUUACCCGACAUUGCAAGAGGAUGAUUCGAGCAGUUCCGGUGGUGGCCACGGUCGCGUUGUGUCACCAGAUGUUCGGGAGGUUCAGAGCGAGCCUAAAUGGGGAGAGCUUGAGGAUGCUUUGGAAGCUUUUGAUACUAACUUGUUUGCUGGUUCCAUGGAGUUGUUGCAGCCUGACGCUUUCGUCCCCCAGUUCUUGUAUCAGCCUUCUGAUUAUUUUACUCCCUUCCAGGAUCCACCUGAGCAGAAACCAUUCUUAAAUUGGAGUUUUACUCCACAGGGUUAAAACCGGAAGACUAUAACUUGUUUGCCUGUACUGUUCUGAUAUGCCAGAGAGAAGAGUUUCAUCUCAACUCAUCCCUGGUUGUUAGUAGCGGAGAAAAAGAUUGUAGAAUGUUUAUAGGUGUUAGCAUCCAUGUCUCAUUAUUAGUAGGCAAAUUCUUGUUAUUUCAUGACAAAUUUAUAUGAAAAUAUUCAAAUUCUUCAA